AUGAAUUCCACGACCCUCGAAUGGUUUGGCGCAACGACCUUCCGGUUGAAGACCAGGGGCGUCACCAUCUUCCUCGACACCUGGCUCGACAAGCCAUCUGUGCUCACCUCGCGGCUUGCCGUCGACGAUGUGACGGAAGCCGACUACAUGUUUAUAUCUCAUGCACAUUUUGACCACCUCCCAGGUGCCGAUCGCAUCGCCAUCAAGACCGGUGCCAUAGUGAUAGCUAAUAACGAAGCCAUCAACCUUCUCAAGAACGCUGGUGUCCCCGACGCGCAGCUGCUGCCAGUUCAAGGCGGCGAGCGUAUCCCUCUCUUUACCCGUGCGAUCCGUGAGAAAGCCCUUAGUGACCCCUCCGUGGCAGCACCAGGCUUUCCCGGGGCGCCAAAGCGGCCUUUGCCUGCUCUUGCUGCCCUUUCGGUCGAUAUAUGGCCUUCCCUGCACUGCCUUAUGCCGGAAGACCACCCGGAUGUUAUUGAUACCGGGACCGUUUACACGGGAUCCGCAAGCCCUUACAGCUGCUCACUAGACAUUACCAUGGGCAUGAAGUAUGGUCUUUUACAGAUUGGAGACUUUAUGCCACCAGAGAAGCGAACUCCAGGUCAUCAAUCCUUCAUUGACUAUGUCAAGGAUCGUAAACGACACGUCUUCUCUCACGCCGAUGCAGGCCAGCUAAUGUUCAACAUUAUCAUCGACAGCAAGGCACUUCUCUGGUCCGCACAUCUAGGGGGUUACGAGGGCGUUCUGCGCAAUCUGCAGCCACAGCCCGAGGUUGUCAUCAUGGCUAUUACAGGUCGGGCGAAUCUCAACGGCAGGCCUUUCGACGGUUCCGCAGCCGAGUUCGCAGCCAUGAAGCUGGGCUGGCUUGGGCAGCCGUCCAAGGUCAUCUGGUGCUUGCACGAUGAAGCUUGCAUCCCGCCGUGGAGGAUCGAGACUACGGCCGCUACUGAGGCUGUGGAAAAGAACGGGAGAACAAAGGUCCUGACGAUGGAUCAAGUGGAAGCAGUAACAUUGGACUUUUGA